UAUGAGCGUAGUAGGGGCGAGUCUGUUUACAAAGUUUGGUGGAGCGAAAAGUUGGUUGGAGAAUAUCUGACAGCCUUCAGACGAGAUUGAGUUUGCGCGACUCCCUGCGACGCCUUUCUCCCAUGAAGAUCCACUUUGCCCCGCUCAACGUCCCACUGAGGCGAAGAUUGCAAACCGCCGCCGUGCUGCAGUGGAUCUUUUCUUUCCUGGUUUUAGCCCAAUGCUGUCUGGCCACCUUCAUCCUCCUGUCUUUCUCUGCCUGGUGGGUGGCGGCGCUGCUCUACGUUGGCUGGUUGUGGCUGGACUGGGACACGCCAAACCGUGGAGGUCGUAAGUGCCAGUGGAUCAGGCGCUGGAGCGUGUGGGAAUAUUUCCGUGAUUAUUUUCCCAUCAAGCUGGUUAAAACAGUCAACCUGGACCCUGACAAGAACUACAUAUUUGGAUUCCAUCCACAUGGCGUACUGGCCACAGGGGCGUUCUGUAACUUCUGCACCGAGUCCACGGGUUUCUCCAGUCUAUUUCCUGGACUCAACUCUCAUCUGCUGAUGCUCCCCUUCUGGUUCCGACUGCCGUUCUUCAGAGAUUACAUCAUGUGUGCAGGUCUGGUAUCAAGCUCCAAGUCCAGCCUUUCCUACCUGCUGAGUCGUCCCCAAGGAGGAAACGUUGCUGUCAUUGCGGUGGGCGCAGCUCCAGAGGCGCUAGAUGCUCGCCCAGGAGCUUUGACGCUACAGCUUCGAAAAAGGAAGGGCUUCAUCAAACUGGCACUGAGACACGGAGCUCAUCUGGUGCCCGUCUUCUCGUUUGGAGAAAACGAGCUGUUUGAUCAGAUUCAGAACCCGACAGGCUCUCCUCUCAGAUCGCUGCAGGACCGUCUGCAAAGCAUUCUGGGAAUAGCACUGCCUCUGGUCAAGGGCAGAGGAGUCUUCCAGUACAGCUUUGGGCUACUGCCGCACAGGAAAGCCAUAUUCACAGUUGUGGGGAAGCCAAUCCAGGUCACAGCCAGUCCGAGUCCGAGCAGCGAGGAUAUCGACGCUCUUCAUGAAGUUUAUCUGGAGCAUCUGAGCGAGCUGUUUGAGCAGCACAAACAUGAAAAUGGUCUGCAGGAAGACCAACACCUGACCUUCACCUGACAUUAUUGCACUUUUUUCUAUGUCCAAUAAAAGCACAAAAACAUG